AUGAGAUGUUAUGAAGUUAACCCUGAAAAGAUUAAUACAAUUCUGGAGGCAGAUGUGUACCAGAAUUUUCUUAUGACUUCACUUCGACAAGUGCAACAAAUGAAAGCUGAAAUGCUUUCCACUGAGUCAUCAUCUUCUAAGUCUAAAAGGAACAGGUUGAAUUUAGAGCCUAUAGAAGAUGAAAAUGAAGCAGACGACAAUCUUGGACCCCAUCUCACCCUUCAUUACCUACUUAAAAAGGCUAAUGACGGAAAGUUUCAAAUUGGAGUAGACAAAUCAAACUCGAACAAUAUCAAUGACAAUGUUGUUGGUGAUGGUGAUGGCAAUGGCAAUGGCAAAAGGAAUAGGAGUGCAAAUAACAAUCGCAGUGGAAGUGCAAGUGGAAGUUGUAACAGCAACGGUGGUGGUAAGUGAAUUUUAGUUAUUAGUCCAGCUGGUUUCUAGUCUAUUUGGUUCAUUAAAAAGUAGUUGUUUUGUGUGCUACAAACUUCAGCAAAGUAAUUGUGGGGUGGCUACCAUGAAACUGAUAUAAUUUUAACCUCUCCAUUUUUGAACUCGCAAUAUUCUAGUUGAAGUACUAGCC